CAUUUUCUUCCUUUGGCUUUUGGGAAAAGCACAAACCCUUCACAAACUGUUCCAUCAAUCCAUAUUCCAGUUCCAAUCUUCAGCAUCUCUGUUUUGAACGGCUGAGAAUUUCAAUAUAUUUUAAGCCCCGGAAAAUUUCCAACUUCUGCUAAAUCCUUCUCUAGUGUUCAUUGUGUUCAUGCAAUGGACAUCACAAACUCGAUGCAACAAAGCCAGGAGAAUAAUGGGUUCUUUGAAGAUCAGCGAUUACGCUUUGAAAUGGCAGUCACUCGCCGCUCCUCCCUCCUCGACUUGGCUCCCUGCUUUCCCGACUUCCCUCAAAUUCCCGUUAGUGAUUCCGUAUCAACAAUGUUCUUGUGGAGAGCUCUCGAAUUGGCCGGAUGUUUGAAUGAACUCCAUAUUUCUGGUUUAUUACAUAUCAAUCGAAUGUUUUAUAGUUCAGUCAAUUCUAUCUACCCAACGGCUACAAAGACGGAGUGCAUUAAGUUUGCUGGUAAUCCUGCAAUAUGCAUCCAGUGGGGAAAGAGGAGCAACCAAUGCCAUACCUUUUAUACUUACAAGGAGGACCCGGGUUCGAGUGUCCCCGACCAACCGAAGCCAGUGGAUGGAUACAAAAAGCAUGUGAAGAAUUUCGUGUUAUAUUGAUGGAUCAGCGAGGAACAGGAUUAUCAACUCCCUUGACUCCAUCGUCCAUGUCACAAUUUCAAACCGCAGAGGAUUUAGCCAAUUAUUUGAAACAUUUUCGAGCUGAUAACAUAGUUAAUGAUGCUGAAUUUAUUAGGAUUCGUCUUGUUCCUGAUGCUGCUCCUUGGACCAUUUUGGGUCAGAGCUAUGGGGGUUUUUGUGCACUUACGUAUUUGAGCUUUGCACCACAAGGAUUGAAACAAGUCCUCAUAAGUGGUGGAAUCCCUCCAACUGGGAAUGGAUGCAUGGCAGAUUCUGUAUAUAGAGCAGGCCUUGAACAGGUUGUAAUCCAAAAUGAAAAGUACUACAAGAGAUACCCUCAGGAUGUUGAAUCAGUCCAGGAAGUUGUGAAAUACUUGGAAGAGAAUGGCGGCGGGGUCCCUCUUCCCUCUGGUGGUAUCUUGACACCCAGAGGACUGCAAACUCUUGGUCUUUCUGCUUUGGGGUUCAGCACUGGUUUUGAGCGCUUGCACUAUCUGUUUGAGAGAGUAUGGGAUCCUAUAAUAGUGCCUGGAGCACCGAAACGAAUCAGUUUUUUCUUCCUCAACGAGAUUGAUAACUGGAUACCAUUCGGUUCGAACCCUCUUUAUGCUCUCUUGAAUGAAUCUGUUUACUGCCAGGGCGCCUCAUCUCGUUGGUCUGCUGAAAGAAUAAGGAAUGAAGUGGGUAGCAAAUUUGAUGCAAAUAAGGCUAUAAAGGAAGGAUUUCCUGUGUAUUUCACUGGAGAGAUGAUCUUCCCAUGGAUGUUUGACGAGAUUCAUGUCUUGAAACCGUUCAAAGACGUGGCUAAUAUAUUGGCUAAUAAGGAGGAUUGGCCUCCUCUAUAUGACAUUGCUGCUCUUAAAAAUAACAAGGUUCCGGUCGCAGCUGCGGUAUAUUACGAAGAUAUGUUUGUCAACUUCAAGCUGACCCUGGAGACAGCUUCCCAAAUAGGAGGAACAAGGCUGUGGAUUACUAAUGAAUUAAUGCAUUCUGGUCUGCGUGAUGCGGGGCCCCAAGUUGUGGAUCAGUUGAUGGGAUUGUUAAAUGGAAAGAAGCCUUUAUUCUAAGGCUUUCUUUCAUCUUUCGUUUGUGUUUGAUUGAGUUCUUGUUUAAUAUUAAUUUUAAACAGAAUAAAAAUAUUGUUGUUAUUGUUGUUAA